GCAGCGGUCUUUCCUCCCGCCUCGGCUCCGCGGCGAAGCAGCGGGCUGUCCCCGCCUCGGAGGCCCCGGGCCCGGCCCGGGGGGCGCAGGUCUCUGGACAAAAUGGGGAAUGGAUUAGUGAAACCCAAGCAUCUGAGGCAGCCGAACAGACAUGUAGCAAACCUGUCUAUUGGCUGUACUGGCAACCAUAAGUUUUUGAAGGACCCACAUCUAGGCAUCAAUGUGAUCAGUGGGCAAGCUGAUGUACUUUGCAGCACUGUGCUUGAACUGGAAAAGGAACUGAAGAGAAAAGAUCAGGAGUUGCAGGAGGGCCAAAAUCAUGUUGUUGAGCUUCAGGAACAACUAGCUAUGCAGACUAAGGUCAUAGCAGAACUCACCAAGGAACUUCAGAGCAAGUGUAUACAGUUGAGCAAGCUGCAGGAUGUUGUUCGCACUCAAGGAGAACACUUUCUUCAGCCUUCUCCAUUUAAAGUGCCUUCAAGGAUUCAAGACGCUGCUGAUAGGAGGAGAGGAGCCAAGGAAGGUGUAUCUGCAGAGCCAACAACACGGCUGUAUGAUCUGAACAGGCAAGCUAUGUUUUCCUUUGAAAAAGCAAGAGUUCGAAAGGAUUCCAGUGAGAAGAAGCUUAUCACAGAUGCCCUGAAUAAAAAUCAGUUCUUGAAGAGACUGGAGCCUCAUCAGAUCCGAGAUAUGGUGGAAUGUAUGUAUGAAAGGACUUUCCAGCAAGGGAGCUAUGUCAUCAGACAAGGAGAGCCAGGCAAUCACAUUUUUGUGCUCAAAGAGGGCACUCUGGAAGUCUUUCAGCAGAAUAAACUUCUUUCCUCAAUACCUGUGUGGACAGCAUUUGGUGAACUAGCCAUUUUAUACAACUGCACACGGACAGCCUCUGUGAAAGCAAUCACCAAUGUUAAAACAUGGGCAUUGGACAGAGAAGUGUUUCAAAAUAUCAUGAGAGUGACUGCACAAACAAGACAAGAGCAAUACAGAAACUUCCUUAGAAGUGUGUCCCUGCUGAAAAACCUACCUGAAGAUAAAUUAACUAAGAUCAUGGACUGCCUCGAGGUGGAGUACUAUGACAAGGGCGAUUAUGUUAUUCGAGAAGGAGAAGAAGGAAAUACCUUCUUUAUUAUAGCAAAAGGCAAGGUGAUUGUUACCCAGAGUACUGCAGAUGACUCACAGCCGCAGCUGAUUAAAAAUCUACAUAAAGGAGACUACUUUGGAGAAAAGGCUCUCAUUAGUGAUGAUGUCAGAUCAGCAAACGUUAUUGCAGAUGAACACAAUGUGGAGUGCCUCGUUAUUGAUAGAGAGACAUUUAAUCAAACUGUUGGAACUUAUGAGGAGCUUCAAACUUACCUCGAAGGUUAUGUGGCUAAUCUGGCCCAGGCUGAUGAAAAGCGACAUGCAAAAGGAAGAUCCUUCUGUGGACAGUUGACCAAAGAGGAGGUGUCUUUGGAGAUGAUAGAGCUGAAGGAGAAAGUAGCUCAGUUCCCUCCUUCCCCAUUCCAGAAUUUAGAAGUUGUCACAACUCUGGGUGUUGGUGGGUUCGGAAGGGUUGAGCUCGUUAAAAUGAAAAAUGAGAACAUGGCUUUUGCUAUGAAGUGUAUAAAGAAGAAACACGUAGUGGACACCAAACAAGAAGAGCAUAUCUAUUCUGAGAAGAAAAUCCUUGAGCAGAUAUGUUGUCCAUUCAUUGUAAAACUGUAUCGCACAUUCAAAGAUAGUAAGUAUGUGUACAUGCUGCUGGAGGCUUGCCUUGGAGGGGAAUUGUGGAGCUUGCUGAGAGACAGAGGCAGCUUUGAUGAAGCCACUACCAAGUUCUGUGUUGGGUGUGUGACAGAGGCUUUUGACUAUCUACAUCACAUAGGAAUUAUCUACAGAGACCUGAAGCCAGAAAAUUUAAUUUUGGAUGCUGAAGGAUAUAUAAAACUGGUUGAUUUUGGAUUUGCAAAGAAGAUUGGAUCAGGGCAGAAAACCUGGACGUUUUGUGGAACCCCUGAGUAUGUUGCCCCUGAAGUCAUUCUGAGUAAAGGCCAUGACUUCAGUGUGGAUUUUUGGUCCCUUGGGAUUCUUGUGUAUGAACUCCUUACCGGCAGUCCACCAUUCUCUGGGGCUGAUCAAAUGAUGACAUAUAAUUUGAUUCUCAAAGGCAUUGAAAAACUGGAUUUUCCUAAAAGAAUAACAAGGCGGCCUGAGGAUUUGAUCCGCAGACUCUGCAGGCAAAACCCUACAGAAAGAUUAGGCAAUCUGAGGAAUGGAAUUAAUGACAUCAGGAAACACAGGUGGUUGAGUGGUUUUAACUGGGAUGGUCUGAAAGUGAGGAAAUUAACAUCGCCUUUAAAAAGAGAGUUGUCUGGACCGACUGAUUACAGCUACUUUGACAGCUACCCACCUGAAGAGGGAACCCCUCCAGAUGAACUUUCAGGCUGGGACAAGGAUUUCUGAUAUUUUUUUCUUCCAGGACAUUUAUAGAGAAUUAUAGACAUCAAUUCUAAACCUGCUGUCUUGUUUUGUGCUUAAAAUCAAAUCAAAUAAGGUGUGUGACCAACACAGUGUUCCUUGAAGGAUUGAAGACAGUACAGCAACCAGAACUUGUUUGGAUAAUGCACCAACAUCUGUGUGCAUCUCCUUACAACAAGGGCAUUCAUUCACCAGAUGUAACCUGAAAGUUUUUUGAUACACAAUGUCUCUGUGAAUAUUUUCAGGCACUAUGGAUCGGAUGUAUGCUUUUUCCAUUGGAAAUGUCACUAGCUAAUAUUUUGAUAGUAACAAGGUUGCCAUGUGUCUUUAUUUUGAAUGGAGUGGAUGAGUAUUGGAAGCCAAUAACUCUGUGGCAUUUAUCAACAGCUGACACUAUAGGCAUUUAUUUUUCAUUUUAUCUUGUCAUCUGUGUGUUUCACUUUUUCCCAUAAUGGCCAGUAUCGCAUUGAUCCAGCAGUGUGUAUAAAAGACACUUUUACUGAAAGGUUGAUUUGAUCUGAUGCUGCAGCUAAAGGGUAUCACUGUGGAAGCUGCCUCUCUGUCAGUUUAGUGUUGCACCAGGUUGAGUAUGUGAGACAGGGUAUAACAGGUCAAAUGAAAAUCUGGUAGGAAACAAGUUAUAUACAUAAUAGAAGUUGCCUGGAAAAGCAGACUGUAGUAUGUAUUUCUCUUCCUGCUUGAAAGAGUCGUGUCCAUUUCUUAAAAUGUUUUGCUUUUAUGUAGUGUGAAGAUAAAAUAGAUGGACAAAAGGCAGGAAAAAACCCAUGUAAGUAUAGAAUCAUAUUUUUUCCUUCAAAUAUAUUUUCAGGUUGUUUUCUUUGCUAUUUUGCUGAAAAGCUACAUUUGUUUACAUCAGUGCUGAAACUCCCACCCAUUUCAGUGUUCUAGUUGGUGUCAGUAGAUGUGAACUGUCAUUUCAAAUCAUGUUUCAUCAGACACCUUAGUAACGUAUAAUUAUUCUGAGCUCUACUCAUAGGAAGGAAGAAUGAGAGCAAAAGCUCGAUUCUUUCUUUUUUCUUCUCUCGUAAGGAAUUGUAUUCCUGAAUUGGUUUAUAUAUUCUGUUUUCUUUUGACUGCCUUCCCUUCUCUCUAAUGGCUACUAGUGAGGUUUAGAAAGGCAAGAAAUUCCAAGCUCCUCUCAAAACCAGUGUAAAAAUCUAAUUAUGAUUUGUAGCCCAGUUUUUCAAGCUCUGUCUUCGCCUACUUUGGUACAAGCAAAUAAAUGGCUAACCAGAACCUGAGCCAAGGGAGUCCAGCAAACAGCUAAAAUAGGAGGCUGGAGCACAUGCUGUGUGCGAAAAGGCCGAGGGACCUGAGCUUGCUCGGCCUGGAGGGGGUUUUGCUUUGCCGGGACCUUGGGGCAGCCUGCCAGUGCCUGCAGGGAGGCUACCGAGAAGGCAGAGCCAGGCCCUUCAUGAAGCUGCACGUGACGGAGGGGCCCGUAAAUUGCAACAGAAGAGGUGCUGACCUGACAGGAGGGAAAAAGUGUUUCCGUAGUAAAGCAGGAUCCCAGACAGGUUCUGCAAUCUCAUUCCUUGCUGUUUUUUAAGACGGGAGCAGACAGAACCUUGAGCAACCCAGUCUGAAUUGAGUGUUCUCUCUGCUUUGAGCAGGAGGUUGGACUAGAGACCUCCCGAGGUCCCUUCCAGCCUGAGUGAUUCUGAGAUUCUAGGAAUUAGUUUUAUCUGUCAGCUAUUUGUAUAAUCAAAAUAUAGCACAAUGCAUGUUCCUGUAUGAGUUUAUAUAUGCCUGGGUUUUGCUACUUAACCUUUAAAUUGUUAGAACUGGGAAAUUAGUUGGAAAUGUUGACUGGAUAAUAAAUGCAGUUGGAUGUUAUGCCUUCGUGGUUUACUCUGCUGUGAACCACAGCUGCUGUAGAACCAGGAAUGUUCCUGCGUAUCACACUGGGCUUAUGGGAUCGAUGCAUCUGCAACCUCUGCUAGGAUUUGUUUCAGCUCCCACGGAGACAAAGUCCAAUCUAAAUUUUGAUACUAAAGUUUUCUUAUGAAGCAGUCAGCACAUAGGUUUACGUGCAAAAGAGGUUCACAGGCUGGUCCUUGUAAAAGAAAUACCAUAUUUUCAUCAUUUUUUCUAUGAUCGGGCUUUUAAAAAAUUGAGAUUUUCCAGUAAGAUGUGGAGGAAAUACACCAGAAUGAUUCAUGACUGCUCUAAGUUCUCCUAGCUGUUUUUUAAUAUUUAUCCUUCUCCUAGUUAUGCAGUAGUCCCGAUAUGAACUUUUAAGACGUCAUUGGCUUCCAUCACUCGUGUAGAACAAGCUCUGAGAGCUGCUCACAAAGCCUGGCAUCAUUCCUCCCCAGGACAAGCCCCGUGACGCAAGUGCAGAGAUGAAACGAUCGCAUUUCACCCGCCUUUACUCCGGACCUGCACAAACCUCAGGUAGGGACAGCUCGUCACUUCAGCCAGAUGACAGCAAAUGUCCUCAUCUUCCAGUCGCUGUACUUCUCUGUCAAAAGAGAAAUUUGGGGCCAGCCGGUGAUGCUGACCUGAUUAGAAAAUAACUAGGUCAUAGAGAAACAGAAGUUACGUACACUUGUCCGUAGAGAAGUUCUCCUUUUUUAGAUACUUCUGUUCCUUAUAACUUCAUUUUCAGUUCUGGUAUCACACUAUUGGAGUGGACACACAAAAAUUUUAUUAUUAGAAUAUCACCUCAAAGAAAAAUCACAUUUGUGAGAAAGCAGCUGAUUGCCACAGCCCAGCUCUUUCACAGGUUCAAGUGCUUGAGCUGCUUGUUGCUUCCCUGCCCCUCUGCUUCUCACCAGUGAUUUGCAGCAACCAGGGCGGAGUUUUGCUGUACCUACAAGAUAAUUGUCAUCUCCAGCAGAUGACAGCCACAUUGCUUCCCACUAAAAAGUGAAUACUCCAGAGACAUGCACACCCAGGGUGCUGUUUUGCAACUACCUGCAGUUACCUGGCUGUAGGAGGGGGCUUGCUGGAAGACCUCAGCAAGCAGAAGUUCACAGCUAGCAUGGGCAUCUUGUACCUGUUGAGAUCCCGUUAUUUCACAGGUGCUCUAAACAUCUGUGGGGAAAGGAAUACCUUGUGCUUUGUUCAAUAAGGAAUGCCCGGAUGCUCCCAUCAAGUGUACCUUCUUGGCAUUAUUAAAAUAAUUCCAACUUCAAACUCAAGUCUGACUUGCUGAGCGUAAGGGAUUGCAACCCCGCUGCUUCUCUCCCCCCGAAGCUGCCCUUUGUGUAUUUUCUCCAACUCAGGAGUGCACUGUAAACUUACAUCCCCAAGUAACUGAAGAGAUCCUCUGUUACAGCUAAAACUUACUUAAAAAAAAAAAAAAAAAAAAGCUGCUACCCCAGUUUCUGGGCAACUGAAAGGGCCAGGCCUGUCCAUGGAAACAUCCUACCCACUUAUUAUGUUGUAAACUGAGACCACCAGCCUGCCCAAUAGAUUAUGCAUGUUUGUACACAGUGGACUGCUCUUAUCCCUCCAGCCAGGAAAGACGGAAGUUCUGACUCUGCCUACAAACUGAAGAACUACACUGGCAAUGCUACCUUACUAAAAGACGCGCAGGGAACUUUGCCAUCUCUAACUCCAAGUGCAAAGCUGAAGACUAGUUAGGUGAUAGACAUUUGCAGCGAAAACUAGCUCUGGGCUUCCACAGAUGUAGCACAGGGCAGUGACAAACCCAGCGCAACUACCUUUCUCCACUAUUCCUAAGCAAGGCAGCAUGAUGAAAGCAUCGUUUGACAAAGGUGACUCCUGGCUGAGAAAUUGCAAAUUCCAAUUUACAAGACUAAAACCCCAAGGUCACUAGAAAACGUUCCUCAUUGCUCACAAGAGCUAACAUGGAGAACCGUUUGCGCUUUAUUUCCCAUACAUCUGGAAACCAAACAGCUCAGCUAAUAAAACACGUCAUUGCUCAAGCAGCGAGAAAGCAAAGCUGUGCAGUGAUACCAGCACUGCACCGAGAGAAAGCCAAUAGCUCUUCCAUCAUAUUUGUCAGGGAAGUAUUCAGAUGCCCACUUACACAUGACUUCAAAACAAAGCUUCAUUUUUCUAAGACAAGCAGCUAACCAAAUUCAAUACCUGUUACUCGCUCUCCUUGCUAAGCUGGGUGUAGCCUUACCACCCACCUGAGCAGGAGUUGUUGCACAACCUGUCCCUACCCCCAAACCCAAGCCAAAAAUGGUAUUCGGGGCAUUAUCCAGCUGCAGCUUGAGAAACAAAAUGUUACCUAGGGAAAUCCCUUCAGUAAGUCUCUGCAGCAGAGCUGAGCCUCUCUCCGUAAAUCCAUGCACAGUCGAGGGUGCUCAGGGACACAGCAAAUAAUGAUGAACAGGAGUUGCUUCCACAACCCAGUGUCACUGCACCUACCAGCAUGUGCCGGACAAGCCUAGAAUGGAAGGGAAGCUGGACAAAACUAUGAGCUUCACAACACGUCAUGGGUGAAAGAACAGAGACUAGGGACAAAAAUAACAUUCCUGUAGUCAAGUGCACUUGAGAACCAGGCAAAGACUGAAAAAGAGAAGGUCUUAAUACAUUUAUUAGUAACUGCUGGCAUAUAAUGUAGAAUAGCCUACAAUCGUCACAUACAAAGCAUUUGUGGCAAUUACUGGCCAAGCAGUCACGGGUUAAAUGGAAGAAAGAUGAAGCAGCACAUACACUGCCUCCCCAUGCUUGUUAAACUGUUCUGAGCGUGUAAGUGCAUCUCACACUUGUCCAGUCAACCCAUUUUCAGUCCUAUUUAAGUGCAAGAAGGACCAAGCCUCAGGAUUUAGAAAAGGAUUGGAGACUGGCAGCUGUUUGCAAGUGGUAGGAGGCAAUUCCCUCCCUGCUCAGGGCUUAAUUUCACUCAACUAUGAGCAAAGUCCACAAGCACAACAACCCACUUUUCAUUUAUUACCGCAAAGAAAAUGGCAGCUGCAUAUCUGACAGCUCAUACUUCCAACUCCCCUUUUUUUCUGAAGGAGCAAAUGAAUAAUCUCAUGUAACCCAUCUGGUUACAGCAUUCCCCGUGCCUUCACUUGCUCAUAGCAUCACUGUGCUAAGAACAAAACACCAGUCCAUUUUCAAGCCAGCUGGCCAGUAACCUUCCCUUCCAGUUUUAGGGUUUUUUUCCUAUUUGUACCUAACCUUUCACAGCCUCAGCAGAUGCUACGACGACAGGACGUUGCAUGCCCCAAGAGGUACAACCAGGCCAUGAGACCACAUGCUGACACUCCCUACAGCUUUGGCUGAAAACCUUUCACAUCUGAUUCCAGCUCAGAAGGAGCAUCAGGAAAUUAUUAUAACCUAUGUCAGCUUGACUAGAAGCAAACCUUAAGUAGGAUAAAAACCCUACUUUUGUCCGAUUGUGUGCAGUUCCACAUCCUUCAACUGUAACACAGAAAUGCAGUUACCUUUACAGCUCUGCUCUGGAGUAAUUGUGACUCAAUAUUGCGAAGAGCAAACCUUUAACAUACACACAGAUUGAGUGUGGAGGCUUUCAAUCAGAUGUAAGGAAUUUUAAAUGUUACUCUGCAGUAAGACAGCCUGUUAAAACUGGCUCCCGCUACUUUUGCUGCAGGGACAGAGAGUCAGUUUAAAUGCAGGCCUGCUGUCUGUAAAGAUAAAAAGGUACAGACUCAAGCUCAGUUGCAGCAGCUUGCCCAGUGUAUCUUUUUGCAGCAUUUUGCACAGCUACUUCAAAACAGAAGUGAUCAACAAGUUGCAAGGUAAUUAAAAGCCAGGGCAUACUUACCGAUUACCUGUUAGUUCCGUGUUACAUGCUGUUGGAAGUUUUCUAAGACGAGGACAGUUGCUGAACAGUAGGUAAAAUUCCUGCGUAUUUUCUCAAUCAGAGUAGUCUAAGAUAGACAAAACUGUUCCUUGACUUUUGUGUGGACGAUUAUCCCCACUGAGUCACCUAAGUCUGAGAAACUCCCUGGCCAUUCAGGUUCAGAGCAUUAUUACAUGCUUUGAUGUAGAGCUGAGUAUCAGACUUGUUCUACGCAGAGUGCCCAAGAGGCCUCUGAAAACCCACCCAUUAACACUGUCCAGUAAUUUGUUACUAAAAUCACACAGCGAUAAGGCACAUGAAACAGCAGCCACAGCUUGAUCCAUCCUGUGGCUUGUAGAAUCCUCACUCCCUGCAGGCAACCUCCCUCCCCUCGGGUAACACACUCAACGCAGCCCUUGCUUGCUCUUGCCCAGGGAAGGUCAGAUUCAUUAAUUCUGGUCCUUUACCCCUUUUACCUGCAGCCAGCCUACUAUUAAAUCUUCCUUGAAGUUAAGUGUCUUUUCUAUGCUACGCUUUAAAAAAAAAAUACUACGUAAGGCAUUUAGCAAGAAGAGAACUGGGUUUGGAAAACAAGACCUGUUUAUAAUCCAGUAGUGCCUAGCUGAUGCCAUUCCUUCGAUGACACAAUACCAACACCUGCCGUAAAACAGAAACUGCUUUUCCAAUUCAAAACUUGCAUGUGUGUCUCUGGACUUGCAACAGAAAAAGUCAACACACAUUUAUACAAAAAGAUUUAUUAAAAAACCAGUAAGACACUACUACAUCAUGACACUGUCACACUGGGCUUCUGAACACAAGACUUGCGCUACAAUACUGAGGAAGGGGCAUAAAACAAAUUGAUUCUUAAGCAUAGCAAUUAAGAAAUAAGACCAUGAAAGCAAUUUUGUCUUAAUGAAAACGCAAUUAAACUUCAGAGGAACCCAACGUCUUACUUCCAAUUCAUGGACUUGAUACAAAAAUUAGUUUGAACUGCUAUUAGCAGGUAGCAUGUGCCACCUCAAAUGAAUCUUCAAAUGAGAAAAUACUGCGUCUCCACCUAGAAAAAAGAAAAGAGAAA